CUUCUAUGUCUGUGUUUGGCUCGUGAACGUGUUUCCUCGCGCAUGACUGCGCGUUCCUUUCCAUCCGCGUGCCCGUGGGUAAGCCUGAGUGUCUUCGCCGAAGGGAUCCAACAGGGAAGAGAAAUGCCAUCAAAAAUCAUCUUUGAUACAGAAGAACAAGCUAUGGAUGAAGACAUGGACACUGUUGUGGAGGCUAAACCCAUUAAGAUCAAAGAGGGCAAGAAGCUGAAGAAGAAGAAGCAGUUAGAGGAGCAGGUUGAGCUGGCGGACCCAGACUGUGAACCUCCAGCACCAAAGAAAAAAAAGAAAAAAGACAAGCUGGCUGUGGACCAAAUAAAUGAAACAAAUGCAGAAGAGGUCACAGACAUGAAUGGAAACAUUAAUGGAGUUGAAACACCAAAGAAGAAGAAGAUAAAGAAGAGCACUGAUGGAGACACAGAGAAAAAAAAGAAGAAGCAAAAGAAAGAAAUUGCAGAGGAAGCAACCAACGGACAUUCCACCCCAAACACCCCCCCUGAGACGCCAUCCCCAUCCAGUGAAGACUCGGCCAGUGACAGUGAAAAAGAACCGGAGCUGACACCAGAGCAGAAGGAAGGGGCCUUCUCCAACUUCAGGAUCUCACAAUUCACCAUCGAUAAACUCAAAGGUCGGGGAGUCUCUUACCUGUUUGACAUUCAGGUGAAGACAUUCAAUCCUGUAUAUGACGGUGAAGAUGUCAUUGCCCAAGCCCGAACAGGGACAGGAAAGACUUUCUCCUUCGCCAUUCCCUUGGUGGAAAAGCUUCAGAGGGAAGCAGUGGCACCUGUCAGAGGUCGUGCACCCAAGGUCCUGGUGUUGACUCCAACCAGAGAGUUAGCCAUCCAGGUCGCCAAAGACUUCAAAGACAUCUGUAAGAAACUGGCUCUGACCUGUUUCUAUGGAGGCAGCUCUUACAACCCGCAGCUUGAUGCUAUCCGUAAUGGUAUAGACAUCUUGGUGGGAACCCCUGGUCGCAUCAAAGACCACCUCCAGAACAAUAAACUGGACCUCUCUAAACUGAAACACGUCGUUCUGGAUGAAGUGGAUCAGAUGUUGGACAUGGGAUUUGCAGAACAGGUUGAAGAGAUUUUGGCUUCAUCAUACAGCAAAGACUCAGACUGCAACCCUCAGACUCUUCUGUUUUCGGCCACCUGCCCCCCCUGGGUCUAUGAGGUGGCUAAGAGAUACAUGAGACCAGAGUGCAAACACGUUGACCUGAUUGGCAAGAAAACACAGAAAGCUGCAACAACAGUGGAACACUUAGCCAUAGCGUGCCACUGGUCUCAGCGUGCAGCCGUGAUAGGUGACGUGAUCCAGGUUUACAGCGGCAGCCACGGCAGAACAAUCGUGUUCUGUGAGACAAAGAAAGAGGCCAACGAACUGUCCAUGAACACAUCCAUCAAACAGAGCUCCCAGUCGCUGCACGGUGACAUUCCUCAGAAACAGAGAGAGAUAACUCUGAAGGGUUUCAGAAAUGGGUCUUUUGAGGUUCUGGUGGCCACCAAUGUCGCAGCCCGUGGAUUAGACAUCCCUGAAGUUGACCUGGUGGUCCAGUGUUCCCCGCCCAAGGAUGUGGAGUCAUACAUCCAUCGCUCAGGACGUACAGGCCGAGCAGGCAGGACUGGAGUCUGCAUCUGUUUCUACCAGAGGAAAGAGGAGGACCAGCUGCGAUAUGUAGAAACCAAAGCAGGUAUCACAUUCAGACGAGUUGGUGUUCCCACUGCCAAUGACAUCAUCAAAUCAUCAAGCAAGGACGCCGUCAGGUUUCUAGACUCCGUUCCAGUCACAGCCGUUGGGUACUUCAGAGAGUCAGCUGAGAAGCUGAUUGAGGAAAGAGGAGCAGUCGAUGCCCUGGCUGCUGCCCUGGCGCACAUAUCUGGAGCCACAAACCUCGAGCAGAGGUCACUGCUCAACUCGGAUGCUGGUUACACAACUGUGCAGCUGGUUUGUUCCCAGGAGAUGCAUAAUCUUGGUUAUGCGUGGAGGGCCGUCAAAGAACAGCUUGGAGAAGAGUUUGAAAACCACAUUAGAGGAAUGACCCUCCUCAAAGGCAAAAUGGGAGUUUGCUUUGAUGUCCCAGCUGACAAAGUCAAGGAGGUUCAGGAAAGCUGGAAGGAUGGUCGUCGUUGGCAGCUGACCGUAGCUACAGAGCUUCCUGAGCUGGAGGAGAAGCCAGCCAGUAACCGUGGUGACAGAAGCUUUGGUGGAGGUGACAGAAGCUUUGGUGGAGGAAACAGAAGAGGAGGAGGGUUCAGAGGAGGAAGGGGACGAAGUUUUGGCGGACGUGGUAAUGGUGGUGGUGGCGGCUACAACAACAACAGAGGAGGAGGACACAAACGCAACUUCAGCCAGGCGUUUGAUUAUUAACGUUUAUUCCAACCUGAGGACUGAUAAUACUGAAGUGUUUUUAUCGGCUGUCAGUGAGAGGGAUCGAUGCAUUGUUAUGGGGUAAUCUCCAUCAUGAUAUAAUCUGAAUCAAAUACCCCAAGAUAUUAGUACAUUUUAUACACUCUGGAAAUAAAGUUAUCACUUAAGCGGAUAAAUAUAUUUCCGAGUAGCCAUCUGCUGCGGUUUAAAGAUCUGGUUUUCUGUGUUAGGAUAUUAACACAGUACUACUGGCAGUCAGUUUUGUGGUGCCUGAUGUAUCGAUCUUUUGUGUGCACAUUGGUGAAAACAAAUGACAUGACGUCGCCUUGGCUGCUCAGGAACUUAAUGCAGCAGAUUUUUCUUUAAUGGCAUGGGAUUAAAAACUUUGACUAAUCAACAUUUUAUCAAAGUUCUUAGUUUUAUGUCAUGACAAGAAAUGAAAAAUGUAUGCGUCAUCGAAUGAGUUUUAGCUAAGGUGUUCUAUUUUAUACUGGGUGUUUGGGGAAUGGUGGCAGCAAUCAUACAUGUGUGAACCAGAGGUACUGUUCUCUGACGGAACAACUGUCAACAUAACUUAACUAAGUAACACUAUGCUAUGUAGCAGGUGCUGUGUCUCUGCUCUGUUCCCAACAGAGUGAGGUGAAGAGUGAUGAAAUGGGUGUUGAUUUUUAAAGCCAUGCCCAUCAUCUGAUUGCUGCCUUACCUUCAACUGAAACAUAUCUCCCCAAAAUAUAUUGGAUGAUUGCUUUGCAAUUGCCUCUAUUUAAUAUCUGUGUCUACUUGCUUGCAUUCAUUUGAAUGAAAUGACUUCUUCAUUAAAAAAAAGGUCAACUCAG